AUGAGUUCAAGCAUGGGCUCGAGUCAAUUAAGCGACUUAAGCGAGGAUGAAAGCUCAAAUGACCUAGAUGAGCCAACUGAACCAAAUGAGCCUGGAGAAUACCCCCGAGCCUUGAUAAACCAAGUCAACACAGCAUACCACCGACAGUCAGAACGGGAUGUCUCUCGUGAAAACCCAGUGCCAUGGAUAUUCCUUGUGACAUAUUCAAAGGAUACAGGAGGGGGUCCUUCAUUUACCAUUGAAGGCGCAUACACUUCCCUCGAGAAGGCCAACGCAGCCGCCAUGGACUUUUUCCGUCGCCGUCAUCGCGACCUAUUUGAGGUUGCAGAUGAUAUGUCGAACUGGUUCGAUGAGAACGAAUAUGGUGGGGACGACGAUGAAGAAAUGACUGUUGGGUGGGAGGUUACUGCUCAUGGCGAGCUAUUGUUGAGAGCGGUUGGCAGGGACGAGUAUGAUGAGAAGUUUGAUAUGAAGGUGGUGGCUAAGAGGGUUAACUGA